AUGACGUUAGACAAGAAGACGUUCGAUCUCAACACAGGAGCCAAGAUUCCAGCGGUGGGAUUCGGAACAUGGCAAGCAGCGCCAGGAGAAGCAGGAACAGCAGUGAGGACGGCUAUUACGACCGGAUACCGACACCUUAUCGGGCAGGCCUUAUCGGAGGUCCUAAGGGAGACGGGUAUCCCGCGAUCCGACCUCUUCAUCACAACCAAGCUCUGGUCAUCGCAGCACUCGCAGGUCGAAUCCGCGCUGCUCAAGUCGCUCGCAGACCUCGAAGUCGGUUACGUCCACCUGUAUCUUAUGCACUGGCCGGUAUCGCUUCCACCCAACGACGCAAAUGCACCUAACUUCGGCAAAGAAGACCGCACCGUGCACGCGUCGGACUGGGACUUCACGAAAACGUGGGUCGAGAUGGAGAAACUGCUUUCGACUGGCCUCGUUAAGGCAAUCGGCGUGGCAAACUUCUCAACCGUGAAUCUUGAGAAGCUCUCGAAGACGGCAAAAGUUGUACCCGCUGCCAACCAGACAGAGCUGCACCCAUUGCUACCCCAGGACAGGCUCAAUGCGUACUGUAAGGCGCGUGGGAUCCAUCAGACGGCGUUCGGUCCGCUGGGCGGCAAGGGCUCGACGCUGCACACGCACCCAGUUGUGCUGGAGAUUGCAGAGGAGAAGAAGGGGACGUCGGCGCAGGUGCUGCUGUCGUGGGGCGUGAGUCGCGGGUGGAGUGUCAUUCCGAAAAGCGUCACCGAAGAGCGGAUCAAAGCGAAUCUAGAAAUCUUUGGAUUGAGCGGCGAUGAGAUUUUGAAGCUCGACAAGCUGGCAAAAUCCACUGUAAACUCUCCGGGCAUACUCUGGACAUCAGCAAAGGUUUUCAUAAACACUCGCUCUUGA